ACCGGCCCGGGCCUCACUACUCCUGGAAACGAGUACUGACGGACAGCAGCGCUCUUUUUUUUUUAAGAAGAAGUUGCGAGAAUCCGAGCGGUGGAUAUACAACGCCCCUGGAUCGUCAUGAGACGCGUGAUUUUUUUACUCGCUACGGCGAUCGCCUGUAGAGGCGCGUACGUCGGUCCGUCCCCGUACGGCAACCCCCUGGACCACCGUCAUUCGCAACAGAUCGCAUCGAACUACGCGCCGCCAGCUCCGGUCGGCGAGGACGGCAAUGUCAUCGACACGCCGGAAGUGGCGCAGGCCAAGGCCGCGCAUUUCGCCGAAUUCGCGAGGGCCGCGGCCCGGGCGGCUCACGACGAGAAGCAGCACCUGCCGCAGCAGUCCUCCGGUUACAACCCGCAGAUCUCGUCGCCGACGUACAGCUAUCCGGCCGUGCAACCGACCGCGGUGCCUUAUCUCCGACAGGCCGGCUAUCAGCAAUCCACUCCGCUUUAUCAGACGGCCAACCACGUGUCGGCGCCCGUCUACGCCCCGGUUAACUAUCAGCAACCGCAGCAGUACGACGCCCGAGCUAAUUUCAUUGACCCCAAAAACUACGCGCUGCCCGCGAAGACCGCUGUUUUUGCGCCGGCACCGCUGGCCGAGGACGGAACAGUCGUGGACACGCCGGAAGUGGCGGCCCUAAAGGCCGCCAGGUUGGCCGAGCUCGCCGAGGCCGAGGCUCGGGCUCACAAGCAUGCGAGCGCUCAUCCGAACGAAGAGCAGGGUCAAGUUUACUCGGGGCCAUCAGUCGGUUCCGCUCCUAUCAAUUAUAAUCCUGGUUUGGGACAUUAUGGUGCCUCCCGAGCGUUCCCAGGACCUUCAUAUCCUGGAUCUCAGCCUUACUCUGCACAGCAAGUGUACAAUCCCGGUUAUCAGCCUCAUCAUUACCAGUCUCAGCAUUUAAUAGGAAAUUACUGAUUCUGAGUGAUUAAUCGAUCAAUUGUGACACGUUCCGAAGCCUGUACAUACUUUAGAUGAAUAAAUUGUUUUCCUUU